AGUUUUGCAUUUUCUUGAAAUUAUUGUAUAAAAAAAAAAAUAAAUAUAAACUUUAGUUAUGUCUGAAUAAUUUUGGAAGGUUCUUAUCGUUGUCUCAUGUUACUGCCGGUAGAUAUUGUUGGAUCCGCCAUUGAUUAUUCAGCAUUAAUAUAAAAAUUGUACCCAAAUUACAAAAAGUUUAUGCCAAUGAAAGUAACUAUACCCCUAAUUUCCCUCCCAUUUGAUCGUCACUGACAUUUCGUCGCUUACACAUAACACUUUCUGAUGCAGAAAUGGUAAAUUAAAAAAUAGUUGGCUUAUCUAAUUAUUUUAUGCUAUAUUGAUGUUAAAUAAAUAAAUAUCAAUGGAUAUUAUAAAUUUAAAUAGUAAACACAUAAUAUUUAAAUCAUAAAAACUAAUUUUAAGAAUGGAAUAUACAGCAAAAGUUCGACGAGAUCUUUGGAAAAUCUGCUCUAAAAUUCGGAACGUAGUGAAUAAAAUAAAAUUUAAUUUUUUGGAGUAUUAUUUAAUUUACGACACAAAAAAAAUUGGUUUUAUAACAAUAAAUCAAUUCAAAACAGUAUUAUCUGGACCUUUAAAAACUAUAAUCGAUUUAAGUGAUGAUGAAAUUGAACUUUUAGUUCAGUGUUUUUGUGAACCAAAUGGCAAUUUACGUUAUGUUGAAUUCUCUCAAAUGGUUCAUGAAUCAUUACCUACCUAUAACAACAAAGACAAUUUCAGUGAAAAAUUGUCAAAUUAUACUAAAAGUGAUUUACAAUUUCUUAAUUCUAUGAUGAAGAUGACCAAUGACUUAAAGUCACAAAAUCUGAAUCUGAAACCUUAUUUUGAAGAUUACGAAAAAGUGUCAGGUAAUAAGGGUUUGAUGACUAUUAAACAGUUUAUGGAUAUACUGUAUAGCUUGAACAUAAAGUUAUCUCAACAUGAAUUACAGCCAAUUAUUAAUCAGUUCAUUAUUUACAGUUAUAUGAUUAACACAAAUAAGUUUUUGGAUAAAUUAAAUUGGAUUUAUAAUCAAAGUAAUAAUUUAAAGGAAACUAUUUUGAAUGAUACUUCUAAAGGAAAAAUCAAUAAAAAUGAAAUGAAAAAUAAAACAAAAUUAAAAAAUAAUGAAAAUGUUUUCCAUUCAGUAAUCACUAAUAAAAGACAUAAGGAUAAUGUUGUAUCAAUUUUAAGAAAUGUUCAAAAACAUGUACUUCAAAAUAGAAUUAAUGUUGGACAGUUUUUUACACAAUUUGACCCAUAUAAUAAGGGAGUUAUAAGUAAAGAACAAUUUCGAAAAUGUCUUGACAUGAUUGGUAUUAGUUCAUUACAUCGUUUGUACUACUCAGAGUCAGAGCUUUCUUUAUUAAUAUUAAUGUUUAAAGAUAACAAUCUAACAGAAAAUGUUAGAUGGAAAAAAUUUGAGGAUGAAAUAAAUACAGUUUUUGUCAAAAAAAAUCUGGAAAAAACUCCAGAAAGUGACAUUGAGUGUCCACCUAGAGAUGUCAAAGAUAUGCCUCGGAAAGGAGGACAAGAUUGGGAAUCCGUUGAAUUACAUAUGCGAAAUUUAUUUGAUCCAUUGAUUUUUAACAUAAAAAAUUAUUUACUCCAAAGGCGAAUUCUACUAGAACCUUAUUUUAGAACUUUUGACAGAAAUAAUCACGGGCAUAUAACUCGAUCUUGUUUUCGUCGAGCUAUGUCUACAGCAGGCGUAAAAUGUUCAGACGAAGAAUUGCGUGUAUUAGAAAAAAGAUUUAUGAAUGUUGAUGGGUUCAAUUAUUUGAAAUUUUUAGAGAAUAUUGUUAAUCCUUAUGAAGAUAGUAAAUCAAUUAUACAUAAACCAAAAAUAAAAAUAGAAACUGAUGAUUUGUUAAAUAUAGAAAAAAUAUGCGAUAAUCUAAAAAACAUCUCACUUUCUUCACUUAUAUCUAAAAUACAAACUAUAGUUAAAAGAGGUAGGAUCAAAAUUGACCAGUUUUUUAGAGUAUUUGAUCAAUAUAAUCACAGUCUUAUAAGUAAUGAAAAUUUUCAAAGAGGCAUUGCAAUAGCUGGAAUACAGCUUAACUUACAAGAGUUGGAUUUGCUUGAAAAAAAGUUUUCAUCUAAAAAUUACCCUGGCUACAUUAAAUACCGACAAUUUUGCAACAUUAUCGAAGAGGCAUUUACUACAUUAAGAUUGGAUAAGAACCCGACAGUUUCACCCAAAGAAUAUUUGAUAACUUACGAAGGAUUGUGUAAUAAUUUAACAGAUGAACAGAGAGCCGCUAUUGAUUCAGCAUUGUCUAAACUUUGUAGUAAACCAAAUAUUGGGUUAGAUGAUUUAUUUAAGGACUAUGAUAAGUUCAAACAAGGAAUUGUACCACAAGAAACUUUUAUGAGGGUAAUAACUGUGUGCAAGCUCAACAUGUUGAUUUCAUCAUUUGAAAUUAAAUGCCUAAUUAACGGGUUUUCAAAGUGUGGUUAUCACCAAGCAUUUGAUUACCGUUCAUUUCUUAAGGCUAUUGAAUACAAAGAAAAAGUUUUGGCCGAGUCGAUCAAGAAAAAUAGUUAGAUAUAAAUUUUAUUCUAGCGAUGUAUAUGAAUUAAUAAAAUUAUUUUGGUAAUAUGUUUUAUUAAAAUUAUAAUUUCAUGUUUUUAACAAAAUUGUUUAAGUUAUGAUCAGUUCAAUUUGAAGUUUUUAAAUUUCAUUCAAUGCGCCUCUUAAAAUUUUUCUGUUGUACAAACUGUAUAAAAAAUAAUUUGUAA